AUGGUCCCUGAUCAUUCAAGCAUGCGCCUCUCGCUUCACGUGACCCUGGCUCUCCGGCACAAGCACACUGGCGAUCGAUACAGCCCCCAAGCCCUCGAAGGCGCCUACACAGGCCAGAAUGUCAUGGUCGUCGGCCGGGUCUUGCAGCUUCGCGGCGACUCCGCCCUGCUUGAUUCCCAAGGAAAUGUCAAUCUCACGUUAAAUAGGGACUCUCAGCUCGUCAACGGCAACGCUGCCCAAAUCAUCGGCAAGGUCAAUCCUGAUCUUUCCGUCAAAGUGUCGGUUGCUAAGGAUCUCGGCAACAAUCUUGACUUUGACCUCUACCAGUCCGUGGUGGAAGCAACCCAACAGAUCAAGCCCAUUUUCCAGUACGAAUGA